CUUGGAUAAAAGUACAACUUGUUUAAAUGGUCACUUGGUCAAUUCACUACGAGUAGUAAAGGUCAGUUGAAACUUUUUGGAAAUAUCAACAAGUAUAUAUAAGAUAAUUUACUUUUUUGUCAAAGUUUUGUGAAUUAACUGAAAAAAAAAUGUCUACAUCAUUCAGAACACCACCAAAUCCAUCAUCAUUUUAUCAAAUCAAUCAACCUCAUCACCUUCAACCUCAUCUUCAUCCUCAUCUUCAUCAACCAUUUGAAUCUAAUCUUCAUCGUAACUCAUCAUCAAUAUCAUCAUUUUUUAUCAAAGAUAUUUUAAAUAAUAAUGAUAUUAAUAAAUAUCAACCCAUUCCCGCCGUUGAAUCAGAUGAUGAGAAUGAUUUUUACGAUUCUGAUGAUGAUACAAGUGAACGUAGUUUCAGUAAAAGUGACAAUAAAAUUGGAUUAAAAAUGCAAAAGAAACAAAGAAAAGCUCGAACCGCUUUCACCGAUCAUCAAUUACAGACUUUAGAGAAAAGUUUCGAGCGAGCCAAAUAUUUAUCGGUUCAAGAUCGAAUGGAACUUGCAGCCAAAUUGAACUUAAGUGACACCCAAGUGAAAACUUGGUACCAGAAUCGUCGGACAAAAUGGAAACGACAAACGGCCGUUGGUCUUGAGCUUUUAGCCGAAGCGGGUAAUUACGCUGCAGUCCAACGGAUGUUACAAUCAUCUCCUUACUGGAUGAAUCAGAUCGCUAAUUAUGCCAAUGGUUUACCUCGACCUGCACCAACAUCGCCGACAAUGUUACCUUUCGAUAUUUAUUAUCGCCAAGGUGGACCUGUACCUCCACCGCCGCCACCGGGAUCUGAUCCAUCAAAUUUGUAUCCAAAUUACAUCUUCUCCUCACCAUCAUCAUCUUCAUCCUCAUCAUCACCAUCAUCUUAAUUUUAUCCACUCAUCAGGAAACAUAAUUAAUUGUUGAACUUGAAAUGAAAAUACUUUUCCAGUGGUCAGUUUUUUUUAUCACAU